UCUGACCAACAGACAUCCACGAUCACAAAGAUCUGGAGUACUUUUCGUAAGUUUAAUCCUCCUACUUUCGAUGGAAAUCUUAAGCCAGCGGUGGUUGAAGAAUGGAUAGAUCAAUUGGAGAGUAUUUUUCGUAUGGUUGUGUGCACUUCUAAUCAAAAGGUGCAGCUGGCAAUAUUCCUACUACAGAAGAGUGCUAAGAAAUGGUGGGAAACAUCAGGACCGAAGGAUGAUUCCUCUCUUACUUGGGAAGAUUUUAAAGCCAUAUUGUUCGAGAAUUAUUUUCCUACUGCACUGAGAGCAGAAAAGGAGGCUGAGUUUCAUGCAUUUCGUCAGGGUGAUCUAGAUGAGGAUGAAUUUAUUGAACAAUUCUCAGAAUUAUCUAAAUACUCUACUUACCUCCAGAAACAUGAAGACACGGAGUGGAUGGCUGAACGAUUACUAGAGAAGGCGAGGCCUGAUCUAAGGGAACAGUUAGCCCCUUUUGAGAUCAAGACAUUCAGUGAGAUGUGCAAUAAGCUUCGAAUAGUUUCUCGGAGGAAGAGAGAGGCUAGAUUAGAAGCUGAUAGAGAGAGGAGGAAAGAACCUCAUGGGAAGCCCCCUAUCCACACCAGACCCAUUGGUGGAGUAGAGAAGAGGAGCAGUCAAAUCUUUGGAGGCUUUAGAAAUCAG